AUGGCAGAAGAAACAUUAAAGCAUGAAGUCACCUCCAUUGCGACUAUACCAGAGCUUCAUAUUAAAAACUUUGUAUGCUCCGCGAAUCUUGGCAUGCGUUUUGACUUGACAAAUCUUCUAGUCAAGUCUCAUCGACGAGCAGAGCUAGUGCCGAAGAAAAACUGUAUUUUAAUGAAACUGCACAACCCUAAGGCUACGGCCAUGCUUUUUGCCAAUGGUAAGCUCGUCUGUACGGGCGCAGAGACGGAAGAAGCCAUUAAGAACGUGGCUCGUAGAUUCACACAAGUGAUUCAAAAGAUGGAUUAUCCAGGUGUGAACCUGAUUGAUUUUAAAAUCCAGAAUGUCGUGGGCACUUGCAACUUGGGAUUUCGAGUUCUUUUGGAGGCACUAUCUUUUGCACACAGUGACUGCUGCACGUACGAGCCUGAGUUGUACCCAGCGCUGAUUUACUGCUUAGAGAAGCCACACGUCAAAAUGCUUGUGUUUGUAAGCGGGAAAGUGGUUUUUACGGACUCAAAGGAGCAACAAGAGUUGUACGCGGCGUGCGAAACGAUCUUUCCGAUUUUUUGUCAAUUUAAGGACCCCAAGCGAACCGGUCCUGCUGGUAGCGACACGUUUUCGGGUAUUCAUUUGAAAACUGACACUAGCAAUGAGUCCCACCUUGACGACUAG